AUGCAUCACUCUCAGCUGGCCCCGCUGCCAAAUGACUUGCCGUUUCGCAUCGUUUCCAAAACAAUUGGUCAGGGUGCUUACGCUUGGAUAUCUGCUGACGGAAAUUUACGGGCCAGCAUCAAGAAGGCCGUCCCCAUCUACACAGACAAUCCCGUUUUCGCAGUCAAGUUCAUCCACAAAGAGUACGCCGCCCGCCAUGGAAAGGUUAGCCCGCGUCAGCUACAAAUGGAGGCGACAGUUCACAAACAUAUUGGGGAUCAUAACAAUAUAAUAUCAUUCUUCCAAACUGGGGAAGAUGACAUUUGGCGUUGGAUUGCGAUGGAGUUGGCCGAGGGUGGCGAUUUGUUCGACAAGAUCGAGGCCGACGAGGGUGUUGGCGAGGACAUUGCGCAUGUAUACUUCUCGCAACUCAUAAGUGCCGUGGGAUAUAUGCAUUCGAAGGGCGUGGGCCAUCGCGACAUCAAGCCGGAGAAUAUGCUCUUGACAGCUGACGGAAACUUGAAAAUCGCAGAUUUUGGGCUAGCCACGUUGUUCGAGUAUAAGGGCGUGACGAAGUUAUCUACAACUUUUUGUGGGAGUCCUCCCUAUAUUGCACCCGAGGUAAUAUCUUGCAGCAGCAAACAUACGAUGAAAGGCGCAGGAUAUCGGCCGGACCUGGUGGACAUCUGGUCCUGCGGAAUCGUCUUGUUUGUCCUUUUGGCUGGAAAUACCCCGUGGGAUAGUCCAACAGAGACCAGUUACGAAUUCCAGGAAUACCUUGCAACGAAUGGACGCACAUCUGAUGAGCUUUGGCAGCAAUUGCCUAUAGAGACUCUUUCGCUACUGCGUGGAAUGCUGAACAUCGACCCCUCUAACCGCUUUUCCUUGGAGGACGUCCGGAGACAUCCCUGGUAUACCCGACCGAACAAAUAUUUGUCCCGAAACGGCACAUUAAGGGAUCCGAUCAACUUAGCUACAACCAUGUUCGAGUCACUCCAUAUCGACUUUUCCCAAGAUCCCUUCGCUCAACCCCAGGGGGGUAGUUUUGGCGGCGGUCGGAUGGAUAUAGAUCUGGGUGAUGGCAUUGAUGCCGAACAAAGGAUAUCUUCAACGCAGCCGGAGAUGCCGAGAACUGAUAUGCUGGUCGACUGGGAUACUCCCCAAUUGGCGGAUGCGUUCUCAUCAACACAACCCAUGGGGCGACCGUUUUCUGCCGACGACAUGUCGGCCCUCGAUCAUCUAGAGGAUGAACCGUCCAUGUCACAGUUUUCGCCUCAUCCGUCCGUACCGCUGAGUCGGACGCAGAAAGCACAGCGAUUCCAUGACAUCGUGCCUUCUCGUCCUAUGACACGAUUCUUCUCUACGUGGGAGCUUAAGAUCCUAGUUCCUCUCAUCUGCGAGGCUUUGCAUCGUCUAGGGGUUCCGGUUCCUGCGGUUCCCGCCGUUUCCGCAGGGGACACUUCCGCAAUGCUUCGUAUCGUGACUCGGGAUGGGAGGAUGUGCAGUCUCCAAGGUAAGGUUUUGAUCGAAUGUGUCUCCGAGGGCCUUUUCGAGAUCGAGUUCAUGAAGGUGAAGGGCGAUCCGCUGGAAUGGCGGCGUUUCUUCAAGAAGGUGGCCGUGCUUUGCAAGGACGCCGUCUACAAGCCUGACUAUUAG